GGGUGGGUUUCCGCAUGAGGCCGUGUCGAGGUACGAACGCACCACGGACACCAGCCCCAGCGUACCGUCACCCGUCGUCGCCUGCGAGAGUGGAGUGCUUCGUUCCAACCGACCGCUCGAUAGAAGCUGCGUCAGUGUGAAGACUAGGGGCCGCUUUCAUAGUCACUUUGUUUGUUUUGAUCGUUACCAAUGGCGGCGAUCGACGCUAUAAUUUUCCACGUGAAACUGGCCUAUGAGGUAGUGGCGGCUGCAGAUGAAGGGAGAGCUGUUAAGAAUGUGUGGUAAGGUGCAGGGCUAGGCUAACCCCGCAGCCGCCACUACCCCAUCGGCCAGUUUUACGUGGAAAUACUAUAGCGGCGAUAACAGCCAUUGGUAACGAUCAAAACAAACAAUGUGACUGUGAAAGCGGCCCUAGGGUUCUAACCGACGACAUUGCGUGCGGCGUCACCUUCGGGAUGCAUUGUCGCACGGAGAGUGGAGUUACCAUCACCUAGAGAGAGAGGAGUCGCUGCAUUGAAGGCUGAUCGCAUUGGCAAACACGGUAUGGGAAGGAGAACGGCCUGAGCCAAGCCCUGCCCCUCACCGGGAACUACCUGGGCUCCCCGAUGCCCUUCAGGCCCUGGAUGCUGCCCCGUGCCCUAAGGACACCUGACAAAAAGUACAACAUGAUGGUGGUGCACACGAGGCUGAACGCCGACUCCCUGGCGAUGGUGAUGAGGCAGGAGGCGGUGUGGGUGACUAUUGUGAGGGAACCCGUAGCCCAGUUUGAAUCGCUCUGGGAGUACUUUAAGAUGGAAAAGUUCUACAAGAUGUCUCUGGAGAAAUUCACACACCAGAGUUAUGAGAAAGUGGCUCGUUGGCGGCUGGCAAAGGUCUACGGCAUCCACCAAAUGUUCUUCGACUUCGGCUACAGCACUGCAGAGGACAUGACAGCGGAGCGUAUGAGUCACAUCCUGGAGACACUCAACACCACCUUCAAUCUGGUGAUGGUGGCUGAGCGCUACGAUGAGUCCCUGGUGCUUCUCAAGGACUUAAUGUGCUGGACGGCAGACGAUGUGGCCUACUUGAGCAUCAACUUCCGGAGCAGUAAAUCCAAAACCACCAAACUCUCCAAGGAAGCUCGGGAAAGGCUACUGCAGCUAAGUUACCCUGACGUACAAAUCUACAAGUUUUUCCUACAUAUGUUUGAUGUAAAAGUAGAGGCAUUUGGGCAUUCAAGAAUGGAGAAGGAGCUAGCAGCCAUACAGGAAGCCAACAGAAGACUAACAGAGAUGUGUGUGGUUGAGAAGGACAGUCCAUUGAAGGCGAGAAAGGGUAUGGAGUGGGAAGAGGUGGUGGGGAAAGUAACGGUGCGAGGUGACAUUCAGAAGUGUGUGGAUGUUGCCCGCACGGAACACGACAUACUGAAUGAGGUGAGGGAGAGGCAGAAGCUGUGGGUGGUGCAGGGAUGGCGCCAACCACUCUCACAGGUGGUGGUGCCUCCCAGGUGAGCCAUGCCAUACAUCCACUCACCUGGGUUAAUUUGCUCACCUGUUUAAAAAGAUGUAGUUAUUUAUUUACCUGUUAAUUUAUUCUUAUUUAUAGCUGCACUUUAUUUCGGUAUACCUUUCAUUUCCAUACUGAAGGAGAUGAGUUAAAAAGCAAAGGAAAUUAGAUAUGUGAGAAAUAAUAAAGGAGAAAGAAUAGGAAAGGAGAAGAAGGGAAUAAUAAGAAAGGAGACAAAGGAAUGUAUUUAGCAUCUACAUAUGUAUCUAUUUUUAAUUCUCUUAUUUAUUUCUGUAUUCCAUCUCAGUGCCAUUGAUUUCCAUAGUGAAGGAGGGAAGGUCAAGAAAAGGAAGAAAUUAAAUAUGAGACGAGAAAGAAUAAGUUUAGUUCCUACUGGUCUACAUAUUUAUCUUUUUUAUUAAUUGCUGAACUUCUUUUCCAUACCUUUGAUUUUCCAGCGAAAGAGGAAGAGGAAAUGAAAUGCAAGAAAAGAAUGAGUUUAGUGCCAAGCUAUUUAUCUAUUUAUUUACCUAUUUAUUACCUCACUUCAUCUCGGCACCAUUGAUUUACAGAAGGCAGGGAGAGAGGAACAAGAGAAAUGAUUGGAAUAUAAGGAAGGAAAAAAAUUAGAUAAUAGUUUAGCAUUCUUGAACGUUAAUUUGGAUAGCUGAUUGUUUUUCUUUGCUCUUUGCGUCCUUCCUUUGAUAAAUGCUUAUGGUAGGCAAAUAUCUGACUUUUUUUCUGAUAAUGCAUUCGGAAAAGUCCAUCUUAAUACAAUCUUGCACACUUUAGACAGCUUUAAUUUUCUUAUUAUAUUUUUCUGACUUAAAAAUUUGAAGUCUUUUUUCCAAAUUCAAUUUUGUUUUGUUUUCAUGAAUUUGUACCAUUGGGAUUUGGUGACUGAUGGACGUUGACUGUAUACCAAGCAAAACCACUUCACAAAAAAAAGAGGUUAAAAGUGAAAAAUAGAUAAAUAAAAAUCUAUACACUUUUAUUUGCCGUUAUGGUAGUGCAGCUUUUUGCUCGUCAGCAUGAACAAGAUUUUCAUGCAUUAGAAAAAUUCUUUACAUUCUGUACAUUAUAACUUACCACUUCUGAAUUUGUCAUUAUCUUGUGGUCAUUAGUAAGUGGUGUUCAUCUUCUCCAUUACUAUUAUCUGGAUGCAUUACCAUUUCUCCCUUCAUCAUCACCUAUACAUACAUACAUACAUACAUACACCUAUACACCUAAACCUUUUCUUCCUUUUCAUCAUUAUUUAUUAUCACUCCAUCAUCAUCUGUAAACAAUUAUAUGGCCUUUCUUUCUUCUUUUUCAUCAUCCCUAUCAGUAUCAGCAACUU